CAAAAGGACAAAUCAGGGUGCGGUGAGCAAGCGAGCGAGUAGAAGCAGCCAUGCCAGUCGCUACAUCGUCGUCGCAGGCCGUCGCGGCGAAGCACGAAGACUUGGCCAACAAGCACCGGCUCCACCUCGACGCGGUGAGGAAGGUGCAGGCACAGGCGCUCCACGAUGUCGUCCCUGCCGUCAUUUCCGAGCUAGGCCUCGAGGAGGACGCCUUGGCGACCAAGCGCAUCAAGUGGUUCCUGAAUGAUCGCGCGACCAUCUUUCGCUUCUACCGACGAGGCCGGUACGACGCUGCGACGGCGCUUCAGCUGCUCACGACAUCGCUGCAGUGGCGCCUCAGGACGGAUCUGGACUCGCUCUCGCUCUCGUCGCUGCAUCCCCUCUAUGUUUCACCGCGCCCGCCCCGGCCGCCACUGUUCUGGGCCAACACAAAGUUCGUCGACCGCUACAGACGGCCGUGCGGUGUCAUCAGUCUUCAGAGCCUGGAGCGUGUGGACAGCGCAAGCCUCGACGAGUGCCGCGAGUACAUCGUUGGAUGUAUGGAGUCUGUCCGCCGCCUCCUCGCCCAUUCCUACCGCGAGAAGAAGAAGGAGGAGGGUGGCCCGCUGCAGAUGGUCAUUGCCUUUUCCCUCGAAAAGUCGGGCAUGGCCAAUCUGGAGCUCGAGCUGUUGCCCUUUCUCCUCGACCUUCUCAAGAACCACUUUCCCGGCAUGGUCGGCGCCGUCUUUAUUCUCCACUACGGCUGGGUCCAUGCCGGCAUGUGGGGUCUCGCCAAGCGCGUCCUGCCCCAGCAGGCCCUCGACAAGAUCUUCUUCCCUUCGAAGGACGGCCUCCUCGAAUUCUUUGACGCGGAUCACCUGCCCAGACCCUUUGGCGGCACGCUCGAGGUGGAGAUCGACGAGUCGAGCAACGAUGUCAUGUCCAAGUUUGCGCGGCCCGUCUUUAGCUCAAAGAAGAAGGCCGGGCAAGACGAGGGCAAAGCAGCCGAAGGUGGUGGUGGUGGUGGUGGUAGCGCCAACGCCGGCGGCGACAGCAGCAGCGACGAGUCUUGGGAGCGCAACAGCGCCCCACCUAGCCCACGGGGUCGCAGCGGCGUGUCAAGUCCGGCGCUGGGCUACAAAAAGACGCUGAGCCGUAGCGGCAGCUUCGACAGCCUCGUCGAUGAAUUCUACAGCACCGAGAACACACCCUGGGGUUCGCGCAGGGGCACGCCAAAGCACUCGGUGCCCUCUACGCCUCGGCUGGAGCAGAUGCAGCACCUCGGAGGAGGCCUGCCCAGCAUGACGCCCAAGGCCGCUCAGAAGCUGCAGUACUUGCAAAUGACGCGGGACGAGGCGAGCUAUCCCUCUUCUGAGUCUCGACCGAGGACCAAGUCGACGCCAACGAAUCCCAGCUCGCUCGGCCUAUUUCACGACGAUGGCUCUGCUAUCCCUGGACGCGGUGGUUCCCAGCUUUCUUCGCGUCAACCAUCGCGCCACGGCAGCCCUGUGCAGAGCAGACGGGGCACCCUGGUCGGUGGUCAGCUGCCGCUGCCGCUGCAGCAACAGCGAGGAAUGCGAAACGUGCACUUUACAGAAAAGGAAGACCAAAGCGGUCCGAUUCGCAGGGUGGGCUCCCUUCGCGACUUUCGUCUGGGCAGCCUCACUACCCCGGGCGAGGGUCAGAUCGGUCUCCAGGGAGGAGUCAGCGGUGGUGGCAGCGGCAGCAGCAGCAGCAGCGGGGAGGGAGACGAGAGCGACAGCGUCGAGAGUGGCAAAGAUGGCCAAAAGACCGACGAGGUUGUCGACGCCAAGGGCAAAAAGCAGAGGCAGAAGACAAGCGAGGCGAGCGGUGGCGGCGAUGCAGAGCGAGGUUUCUUUGCGCGAUGGAGGCGAGGCAGCAGAAACGUCGAUGCAGAGGCGACCAAGGCGUCGGAGAAGGAAGUGGCGUACCGCAAAGAGCUCAUGAGGCAGCAGCAGGCACAGUCGAAGUCGCCUCCCUCUGCCGUUGGUCCUGCCGACGCAGCCGCUCCCCCGCCCUUGGCUGCAGGCGAGGCGCUCCCCUCGCCCCAGCUCCAGGUGGCCGAUUUGGAAGAGCCACCAAUCAGCGGCGUCAUGCUUCUGGAGCCAAGCUUCCUCUCGCGUCGCACGCGCAAGUUUGCCGCCAUGCCCGAUCAUGUUUCCCCGUACAAUGCCUCGAAUCCCUUCUACGGCUACCCAGCCUACCCAUCGUCGUCGGCUUCGUCGCCCAAGGCGACGCUGGUGCCACUUUCCAAACUCCCUCGCGACGGCACCUCUGCUGUCAUGAGAGGAGGCGCCGCGACGAGGGGCCGUGGUGCAUUUGACCUCUCGACAGUCUCGGCCACGGGCCAGUACUAUCCGCGACACAUGCACGUCAGGCGGCGGAAGCGCGACCUGAUGCGGACGCUGGCCUACCUCUUUGUCCUCCGGCUCCUCAGCCUCCACCGGUCCGUCCGCGCCCAGCUGCUGGCCGUGGCGCGCCAGCUGGCCCGGGCCUUUGCCGUGGGCGGCGAGGAGGAGGGUGUGGCCGCAGCUGAUGGCGAGGCCAAGGAGGAGCGCUGGAAGAUGGCCGAGGAGCGGUACCGGCGACUGAAGCUGGCGGGCCGCCGGGCCGAAGAGGACGACGACGACUAUAGGCAGCGCCUCGAAGCGAGCCGGCGCAGAAUGGCCGCUGCCACGGCCGCGCAGGGCAGGCCACUGGCGACGCUCGGCAUCCGGAAGCGCUACGCCGUCUUCUUUGUCCUGCUUGUUUUGCUCUCCCGGCGGCGGUGGAGGCAGAGUUUGACCCAGGGCAUCGACGGCCUCAGACUGUGGAUCGUCGCGGGCGCAGGGAGGGCAGUGGGUGGGUUGGCAAACGAUGACGCCGCCAGCGAGGCAAGAAACCCAUGGGACACUGAAGAGGCAGUGGCAUCGGUGGCCGCACCCAGCGAGGACGUCGCUGGCUCUGCUGCUGCGGGCACCGCCGCUGCCACGGCCGACUCGUCGUACAGCAGCCUCACAGGCCUGCAUCUGCGGCACAGGCUUGGGAUCAAGUAA